UUUGCAUUGCUGCCCGCAAUGGAGGAACCACUAACGUAGAGGAAAGCUAGCUUUUUUUUUGUUUGAUAUAUGCUAGUAAUACACCUCUUAUUUUGGUUAUUUUUUAAGUUUAAGGCUUAGUGUACACGGGAAGUACCAAGAUGAACAUCGUUUCGAAGCGGGCAACCAUUGGAGCAAUUGGAAGUUGUUUUAUUUUUCCUCAAAAUGGAGUCGUCGAGGGACAAAUGUACUACGGCUCUGGAGAUUCCUCCCCUCAGAUAGCAAUGGCCUCCACCCUGGAAAACGGGAAUGCCGUCUCCAGCGACACGCCGAAGCGGCCGAAAAACCUAGGAGUUAACGGGUUUACAGCGAAAAACAGCCGGGACGAUAGCACCGACAACGACGACGGGUCUUUGCCGUGCACGCCGGAGCUGCAGUCGGACAGCGAGGCCGACGUGUCCGGCAGCCCGGCGGGGGAGGCGGUGGUGGACAAUGACACAAGGCAUCUGGUGGAGACUUUCUUAAGAGACUAUAGUGGGCUUUCCAGGCCGCGGUGGAGGGAGGACAAGGCACUAGAAACCAUGAAAAGAGUCGUGGAGGAUGUUCUUGAGAAACACCGAUACGCUUACAAUGGUAUGGUGAGGAAAGUCGCGCUGGACGAGAGGGGAGACGACAUGAGUUUCGUCACGUCCGUGGCCAAGAGCCUCUUCGGGGACGGAACCACCAACUGGGGGCGCAUCGCCAGCCUGGUGGCCUUCGGGGCCGUUGUGUGUCAGCACCUACGGGAAAAAGGCAGGGAUCACUGCGUGAGCUCAGUGAGCCGAGAAAUCUCUACAUACCUGCUGUCGGAUCAACGGGAGUGGCUGAUCAGGAACAAUUCAUGGGAUGGUUUUGUGGAGUUCUUUCGAGUAGCAGACCCAGAAUCCACGGUGAGGAACACACUCAUGGCCUUUGCUGGAUUUGCUGGCAUCGGGGCAACGCUGGCCCUGCUGAUCAGGUGAAUUUGUUGGACACUCAAAGACGUCAACUUUGUUUGGGGGGGAGAAUAGGACUCUUUCACUGACAGAGACCUCCCUGCUUCAUGCUUUCUCCAAGCAUGCUUUGGACUAUCACAGCAUGGAAAUAAGGGCUGGUGGUAACAGAAAACACGGUGAUUUUUGAGAAUUUUUUUCCUCUCCCUGAAGAAUGAAUCUCUCCGGGCUUUGAACUUCCUAUAGGAUAAAUAUUUCUCAUCCAUUUGCCACCUGUACCUUUAUUUAAUUUUCAAAAGUAUUUUUCUAAUAAUAAAUAACAGCAUUUCUAUGCAAAUUCAUUGGUUAUAAGUUCCUGUGCUGUUAACAGUUUUUUCCUGUAAUGUUGCAAGGUUCUGAUUUUGAUGGUGUACUAAGAUGCUAGCCCUGAUUUGGGUCCCAUACCAAAGCAGGAAGGAGAGGCUGCAUUUCCAUGCCACACAGACAUGAAGCCCAUUUCCAUAGAGUCAAAAAGUGGAUAUUACUCUUUUUUUUUAUGGACACUCAAAGUACUGCAGGGAGGAGGGGGCGGAUUUGCAUGAAUGUGGCUCAACUUCCUGGUUAGGGAAAUGUUUAAGUUCAGAUCUGCACUAUAAAAGAAGAGCAAGCUCAGGACAGAUCUAGCCUUGAAGGCUAGAGCGUUCUGGGGGAGAAUGACUCUGCAGUGAGGAAUGGCAACCUUGGCUCUGGUGCAGAUUGGGUGUGAUGGAACAACAGCACCAUAUCUCAGUGCUCACAUCACAAAGAAGGCCUCUGUUGACAAUUACCCAGGUUUAAGCUAAACCCAUGUACAUUUUAAGUUUGUUUGAAUAAAGAUCGAACAACAUUA